UCUAUAAAAGCAUCAUCCCUGAUAUUUUUUUUUUUUUAAAUAGCGUAAAUUUGAACCAAACACCGUAUUUUCAUAUCACAGACGUUUUAAAAAGUAUAAUUAUGUUGUUCCUGCAAGCUACUCGAGCUUUGAUUAAUUGCAGUGGUCUUUGUAUUAACAGGAUGGGCUCCAAACUAACCUGUAUUCGUCAGAUAAAAACAAGUUCUAUGCUGUUGACCGGUCCAAGAAGUCGCAAAGAGGAGCGCUAUCGAUUGAAGGACAAAGUUCCUGUAGAUUACCGGAUCAUUUACCGAGCUCCGAUGGAAUAUUAUUUAUCUGCCUGCAGCUUCGUAACUUCAUUCAGCUUCGUUGCAUUCAGUGGAAUUACAGCAUACGCAUAUCUUCACGAUUAUCACACCAUGACCGUGCCUUUCGAUUUCGAAUAUGGACCAUUGACGGCUAAUGAGCAGGAUUUGCUACUGUUUUUGGGUUUUUUUCUGCUAGCUAAUGUAGCAAUCAGAGUUAUUGUCAACCGUUACCCAUUACGCAUUUAUAGGAAUAGUGGAAAAUAUCUUGCUGUCUUUGAGGGCAUGUUGCCGUUCACUCGGAGACAGAUCAUAUUCAACAAAGGAGAUGUUUCACAAGUUCCAGAAGGUGGACUAUUACCAUGGCAGGAGGCACGGUAUAAAAUCAAUGAAAAACAAGUUUUACUGCUUGAAAGCCAUUUCCGGACACCGGCAGAAUUGACUACCAUGAUGAAGAAAGACUAGUUAUGUUAAUGAAUAUACCUCGUAUUAUGAAACAA